GGGGAAGGAGGCACGCGAGGAGGAAAGAAGUCGACGGACGAACAGGAACACUCUCCCCGAAGAUCUUCGCCUCCUCGCUGCUAGGUCUUCCUACUGCUCUGCGACAUCUCCUACUGCUGUUGUCGCCGGUCCGUCAAGAGCGCAGAAGUGUCUUGGUGACGUGUAAGUCAGCUCAAUCAGCGUACCGACCCGCACAUCUGUUCGUGGGCGGAGGAGAGGUCUCUGUGGUGUCAUGCCGCCCAGCGACUGUGCGGUUGUGCCGAAGGAGGCCUUCAACAAGUGCAAUGCCCUCAUCACCGAGUGAGCCACACACGCACCGCAAACUGACACGACGAGAGAGGCGUCAAAACGCUCGGCGUGUUCUACUGUGUUAACAAUACAGGGCGAUGCAGUGUUCGGGUAAGCUGCUGGACGUGAUAGGCCAAGUGAGCCGUGAGUUCACCCCGCUGCUGGGCCACUUCACCGACAUAACCAACGAGUAUGCGGCGCAGCAAGCCAAGCUGCGGCAGAUACAGGGGGUCUUCAUGGACGACUGCCGCUCACCGAGGGUGGGCGACAAACGGCGGCGUGUGACGGGGCCGGACAGGGACGACCACACAUCUCGUGACGGCGCCGACAAGACUCAGGUGAGAGGAAGAGCUUAAGGCCUGAGCACCAGUGCCUUCCUUGCCUUGCAUCUCGUGGCAUUCGCUUCUGUCCUCUGUGUUAGGGCACUGGUCACUCGUCGGUGUUCGGACCGUCGGUGGCCACCGCGCCAUCCGUGACGGCACCCGCCAUCCACCCCGCCCCCAUGGCCAUGGACACCCAGCCCGGUGGACCCACACCGGCUACCACAAGCACCAGCAGCAGCACGAGCAGCGCCCCGCCCAGGUCGGCUGGCAAGGUCAAAAGCGAGGACAAGUCGCCCCAGAGUGCGUCGAGCGGCCAGCCCAUCAAGCAGGACGACCCCCAGCCCCCCUCAUCGCCCCACGCGCCGCGACAGGCCAAGGCCAAGGCCGACCACACAGCUGGCGUCAAGAAAGAGGACGCCAAGAAGAAAAAGAAGCGCGUCAAAGGCGACAAGGACAAGGACAGAGCGGCCGCUGGUGGGACACGCACCAGCAGCGGCAAUGGCAAUGGUGGGACAGCCAAGCCUGGGACGCAACAGCAGCAGGACAGUGACGAUGAUGUCCUCCCGCGGUCGACCAAGAGGGGUGGCUCAGGAAGGCGGGGAGCGCGGGCUGCCAGCAAGAGGGACAAGGACGUGACAGACGAGGAGGGAGAGGGCGACGACACAUGCGUCAAGGGCGAGAAUGGCGCCGACGCAUCAUGUGUCAAGAGGGACAAGGCGGAGGGUGGUGAGGCGCCUGCCGUCAAGGAGGAGCCCACAGCGGCAGACAUCGGCAACGAGGGCAAGGGCAGCCCAUCUGUGGCCGUGACGGUGACACCUCCCCCCGCCCCAUGGAGCGAGGCAGCCGUCUUGGAGCAGAUGGGCACAUACAGGGAGCGACUCACCCAACUGCAUGGCGCUGAGGUAGGGACCUACACCAGCCAUACACACGAACACACACAUCCAUCCAUACGCUCGCCGUUGUUUGUCAGUCGUACAACGAGUGUCUGUCGGUGUUGGGCGAGGUGGAAUCUCUGUGUGGCCGCACCGACACGAACCUGCUCAUCAGUCCCCUGCAGACGUCCAACCUGGGACCCACGCUCGGCAAACACCUCAAGAAAUCGCCAAACCCACAGGUGCGUACGCAUGGCAACAGGACAUUCUCGCGCCCGCAGCCAUAUGUCGUGUGAUGCCGUGGUCUGUCUGUCUGUCAGGUUGCGAGUCGUGCAGCGUCGAUCGUCAAGGCCCUGAAGGAGCGCAUCACAGCUAUCCAGACCAUCCAGACGGCACCGGCACCCCCCGCGCCAUCUAAGCCGCCGCCCACCCCGUCGACGCCGGCCAUGUCGACCCCGUCCACACACGCAUUCACACCCUCCCCGCCCUACCCACUGCCCCCACCCACACCCAUGCAGACACGCGGCAAUGCAUGACAUGACAUGACAUGAAUGAUCCAUCCAUUGAUGAGUGACACUAACCAAGACAGAUAUGUAUGUACACAUACACACACGGAUGGAUGCAUGGGUGGGUUUUUCUUUGGUGAUGGCUGGCAUGGCAUGUGUAUGGGGGUGCGGUGCAGUGCAUCUGUGGUGCGUGUGUGUGAUGUGUCUAGCAGGGAGGGAACGGCCACCAGUUCUGUACCUUCUCUCUGUCUGUGUGUCUUGUUUGUUUGUUUGUUUCUUUGUUUGAUGGGGUUGAUUUCGGUUUUUUACGCCCGUGCUGCUGUGUCGUGGAUGGUGGAUGGAUGGAUGGCCUGAUUGACAGGACAAAGAGGGAAAGGGCCGACUGCUUGGCUUCCAUGCGUGAGAGGGGCGACCCGAUCCGACAUGCACGGCCACCCCAUUUUUGCCCCUCCCUCGCCCUUCUUUUCCUUCGUCCCUUCCCCUGUGUGCGUGUGUGUUGCGUUGCAUUUGAAUGCCACUUGGUGUUCGCUUGCGUGCGCGGCGGCACGCACUCGCCGAUACACCGACUUACUCAAUGGCUCCCUCCCUCCCUCCCUUUAUCAGUGGCAAAGCUGCUGGGGGCUGACAUGACACCGUAUGUAUGUAUAUACACAACACAGACACACACAUACAUUACAUGCAAGCCACACGUACAGACAUACGGAAACGAUACUUACACACACAUGCCAUGCAAUGCAUACCAUGCAAAGCCCCCGGAUCGAGCCAUAUGAGUCGGUCUCUCUGUCUGUCUGUCUGUCUGUUGCAUGGAUGCAUCGUGGGCACAGCUAGUGGUUUUUGCAUUCAUGGAUGGAUGGAUGGAUGCCCCUUUCUCUCCUCGUGUCGGCAGUGCGUGUGGAGCAGUGAGGCUUUCUUGACUCGUUGGGUGCGUACGACAGCAGCGGUCAUCUCAACACGUGGCCGCUGCUUGCGUGCGCGGCAAAGGAGGCAAGAGUCUGUCACUGGCCACUGGUUUGCCUGGCCACGUGUGUUUGUGGCUGUUUGUGUUUUGAUGCUGUGAAAUCCUUUUCCCGGAAUUGUUGUGUAUCGAUCGCACGCAGCCCAGGCCAAACAGGGGCAAACAGUUUUCCUUCUAGCGCGCCUAUCAUUGUGUAUAAUCUUGCUUUCUCUGGCCACAUGGCCGCCGCACACCAUCACACACACGUCCAUCCCCACAUGGUCUUUGUUGAUCGAGCCAAUCUAUGUGUGUGUGUGUGUGUGUGGAUGCCUCUUGCUUGCUGCUGCUGCUGCUGCUGCCAUGCGUGUACUGUACAGGUGGGCAGAGAAAGGAAGAAGGACGGGCACACAGACAGACAGACACUACGAGAGAGGCGUACGGUAGGUGCUGCUUCGACUCCUCAGGCACCCACAUGUGUGCAAGAGGGAGAAGUCUUGCGGACACACACACAUGACGUGGCGGCCUUUUCUGCCCGGCUCCUGUACAGUCAGCGGCCUUCAUGGGCGACACAGCAUGACUGACUGACUGACUGACAGACAGACAGGUGCCAUACCAUCACAGACACACACACUCACACACACACACACGCGCGACAGACAGAAGGCCAGCCAUAUACAUGAGGGCCACAGACAGAAUUAGUCGGCCCACUUGAUUCACUGACUGACUCUCUCUCUCUCUCUCUGUGGACGGGUGCAUGUCGACGGCAAGUGUCGAUUUUGGCCUGCUCGUUUGUGCCUGCCUGCCUGCCUGUGUCUGUGUGCCUUCCUUGGUCCCUCCCCCUCCCCUCCCCUCCCCCUGUUUCUCGCUCUUGAGGAGUGGGUGCGUGGCUGCACCCUGUCACCAUCGACCGACUGUGUGGAUAAAGGGCUGGUUUGGUGAAGCGGGAGGCGUGCGAGCGCCUGUCUGUCUGGCUGUCUGUCUGUCGAUACCAUGCCCUGGCUCCUGCACGUAAUCCUCUGAGUGUGUGUGUGUGUGUGUGUGAGCCUGCCUGCCUGCCUGCCUGGUCGUGAGUGGGCGAAUGAGUCAGUGAAUUCGGUGUGUGCGCCUGCGUCCGUAUGUGUGUAUGUAUGUGCCGCACUUGAAGGAUAGCUACUAGCAGCUGCCUCCUCUCCUUCUUUCUGCACACGAACCGGUCGGGCCACACAGAGAAGGCCGCCAUGCCAUGCCAUGCACACGUACGACAUACGGACAUACAGACAGACAAGAGAUGAGCGUUUUAUUCGUGGGAGGAGCGAGAUGCGGGGGUGGUUCCGCCGUCUGGUGAGUGUGCUCACGCGGGCUCAGGGCUUUGCUGCUACGCCCCUGUAUGCAGCAAAGCACUGAGAAAGCGCCAGUACACUCACCAGACGGCGAGGACACAAGCGCCUUCAAUCACUGGAGGCAUUGCGGCGGCUAAAGAGUACAGCGAGUGGGUUACAUUUUUUGACGUACGUCACCAGCGUGACCGUGAUUUGCCACACACACACACACGACUGGCCCAACACUGACUGACAUGGCCACCAAUCCGCCCUCCUGUUGCCUACACCUCUCUCUCUCUCUCUCUCUCUGCCUCUCGGCAAUGGCUGCCGUCAUUUUUACUCCUCUCUCUCUCCCUGGCUCCUCUCCACACACAGGUGUAUGUAUGCGUGUGUGUGGCUGUCUGUCUGUCUGUCUGUGUAUGUGUCUGUAAGUAUUAAUGCAAUGCAUGUCUAUCUAAGCCAACUCACUCCAUCUAUAAUUCUCUGACUGACUGAGGCAUUAUUGCAUUUUUGGGGUGAUCGAUCUUUCUAGUUGUGUGUAUGCAUGUACAUGUCUGUCAUGAUGGCUGCCUGUCUCUCUGGCCAUCCGCCAUCCUUUGUGCCUGCCUGACUGUAUGUGUGUGUGUGUACGUGUGUGUGUAUACUCUCAUACCUUGUAUAUACUAGUUCAGUCAUGUUUGCUGCAGACAGACAGAGAGGGGGGAAGGGAGGGAGGGAGGGAGGGAAGGAGGGUCUGUCUGCAUGCCUACAUCCCAAACAUGUGAGUGGCUUUCUGCAAGCAGCCUGUCACUCACUCACUCAUGUGCCCACUUCACACACGACGGUCGGGCGACCGACCCACUGACCCCUAGAUGACAGUGCAUAUAUGGCCGGCCUUUUACGUCCGUAUUGACUGACUGACUGACGGAUUGAUCGAUCGCACGGGAGCGAUGCACGAUAGACAGACGGUCUGUACGCCAUUUAUUGGAGAGAGAUGCAUAUAUGCAUGACACACACCUGCAUUUGUCCAUGCAUUCCGAAAGCAACGACAGGGUGGUGGGUUUGUUGACGCGGCGGAUGCGUCCGUCCGUCCGUCCGUCCAAGCAAUGACAUUCAUUCAUUCAUUACUCAUGCCGCUCGCUCGUGCCUUUAGCUAUCGCUGGUUUUUUGUACCGCAAUGCAUUAAUGCCAUUCCAUGACUCCUAUCUCGGCGGCCAGAUCGACUGGCCGCUCGUGGGUGUGCCCACGAGUCGAUCAGUCAGAGACCUGCAAUGCCAUGCAUGAGUGUGUGUAUCUACCGAUGCGGCCACGACUGGAUAUUAUCCGUGUGCUGUGCAUGUGUUAUCUCAUGUGACGUGCAAUGCAAUCGUGUGUGUUUUAUCAGUGAUGGAUGGAUGGAUGGAUCUGGGUGAGUGGACAUCCGCCAUACACCAGCUGACCACUGUCUGUCUAAGGCUUUGCCGGAC